CGAAGAUUCGGCUCUCCCUGACGGGAGUCGGCUCUUAGAGCCGGUUCGUUCGCAUACGAGACGACACACACGACUCACAGCAUAUCGUCAUUGGUUUACAGUCUGUAGCAGAAUCUUCCAGCUCGGACGGGACUCAACGAUGGAUGGAAGCUUGUUUAUCUUGUAUUCUUAACGAUACGCAAAUGUAGGCGCUAUAUCGUAGGCAACUGGACUUGCUUGCGUUGGACGCAAUGUUUCUCCAAGAGCUCCACUAUGCUUUUAUUGGUGUCAAUACUGAUCCUGAGCACCGCAACAGAAGGUCUCAAGGUGAUUGGAGGAAACAUCACCGUGGUUCAAGGGGAGACCGCCAUCUUACCCUGCAAACUCGUCGACACAGCAGAACCCUUGACUCAGAUUUCAUGGCAGAAGAUGACCAGAGGAAAACCUCAGAAUGACAAUUUCUAUACAAUCUUGGCUAAAAAUGGACCACAGUUUGUCAACGGACAUGACGAUCGAUUUGCAUUUGUCGGGAACUUUAGCGAAAACGAUGGAUCUCUGGAGUUAUCCAACACCACACUGAUGGAUGAAGGCACCUACACAUGCAUCUUCACUUUGUUCCCCAGUGGCAAUCACAAGACAGAGAUACCUCUAAAUUUGCUUGUGCCUCCGGUCAUAAGCCUGAAGGAUGAUCCUGUUACUUUGGGUGAUGAAGAGGUUUCCCUCGUUACCUGCACGGCUGCUGGUGCCAGGCCUCCUGCAGAGGUGGUGUGGAUCACUGGUACCCUGGAAGAAACAGUGAGGAUAACAACCAACUACAGCUCGCAUGCCAACGGUACGACUACCACGGUCAGCUCACUGUUUGGAAUACCAACCAAAAAAAUCAACAGUCACUCGGUCCAGUGUGUUGUCACCAGUGCAGCCAGGUCGGACAAAGAAACCCUCAACUUCAACAUACAGGUCUUCUUUCCACCGAUGGGAGUGAACAUUACUGAGAAGUCUCAAGGCGUAUUUGAAUGUUUGACGGAAGCCAACCCACCCUCAACCUUUACAUGGCAAAGAAUCAGCCAGCCGAUGCCUCAGUCUGCUGUCAAAGUAGAAGGCGCAACACUGCAGCUUCUAAGCAUGACCUCCAACCUGAAUGGCCUCUACCAGUGUGAAGCAUCAAACCUUUACGGCAGUGAACACAGUCACCUCUAUGUGCAUGUAAAUUCGGGUAAGGGAGCCUGCACUGCUUGUUGGACCAUUUUAAUUAUUCUGCUUAUCCUGAUUGCCUUUGGUGCCGCUGCAGCAUGGUACUAUUAUAAAUAUAGGAAAUUUCCAAGGAUGGUAGAGUGGAUACGUAGGGAGAGGCAGCAGGUCCCAACAGACUCACCUAGACAUGAUCAAGGAGUAUCAUUAGAAGCAGAGGAACGACGGGCAGCACAAGAAGAAUCUCACUUCCCGGCAUCCCCGUAAGCAACAAGAUGGAAGACAACCGUGCUGUAGCCGGUUUACAGGAUUAACUGCUCAAAUGUGUCAUUCUGACUCAGCGGGUUAGUGAACAGAUGCAGUGUCCAGGUGCUAGCAACAGCCAUCUAGCAUACAAGGCAGUUUCCUGAUGGACCAACAUUCCAUGGGGCUGACAUAAUGACACAUUUUUUUUUUCUUUUCUUUGACCAGCCAAUAAUACAAGAAGUCAGGCCCAUUGAUAUAUUUUCUUUAUCAGUACUGGGCUGUCCCUAAUUACAUUUUUAAUUUCUAAAAAUCUAAAAUUACUAUCAACCUUGGCCCCGUUUCCCAGAGCCUUAGUAGCGCUAUGUGCAUCGUAAGUUUUAUCUUAAGGUCUCCCUUAAGCUUACGGGCUGUUUCCCAGAGUCUCCUCAGUUAAGAUAUAUCUUCUGAAAGGUACAGUAUAUCUUAAGAAAGGUGGUCUGCAGUGAUGGAAAAAGAGAGACAAACACGUAUGCUGUUAUAAAUAUUUCAAUAACAAAUGCAUUAUCAGUGAGCAGCAAUCACAUUUCUCUGCUUCAGCAUUAGUCUCCUUGUUUAUAACGGAAUGCGCAUGUAAGUCAUUUUUUAAUGUGAUAUGCUUCAGGCGUAUUAGGAAUGGGAUUUUUCCUGAAACAGUGCCAAAACGCUCGCCUGGACGGAAAUUUAGUUUAAAAGCGCUGCUUUUAAAAAAUACCAGUCUAUGUGUGGACUAGGCUUCAAAUAGAUGAGCAGAUGUUCUGUAGAAGGCAUAGCCUUAUUUAUGAUAUAAUAUUUGAUGGAGGUAAAAUUAUUAUGGCAAUACUUUUUAUAUUAUGUCAUUAAUUUACCUUCAUAUGAGAUAAUACACUUCCAGCACUGUGGUGAAGGCCAGCUCUAACUCAUGAAGUACCUUAGCAGCUCUCCUUACGAGCACCCGCUAAGGGACAGUUUGGGAAACACCUGUGGGAAAGGAAGUUCCUAAGCUAAGGUAUAUCUUAGAGACCCUCGUAGAAUGCUAAAGUAUGUCGAAACUGGGAAACGGGGUCCUGGACUUUUCACACCCUUUAACCAACAUGCUGGCUGCUCAGUGCAGACAAUGAAGUGCAGGGAUGCGGGAAAUGAAGUGUCUGACGCUCAAAAGAGAGCCCCAGAACCCCUCUUUAACAUGUGUCCCCUCAUGUUAUAUACUAUAAGACUUAUUUGUGUGAUUGACUGAGGUGGGCCGGUCUGAGCUAUAAUGCCAGGGCCAGUGCUAGUGCCAGUUUGUCCUGGUCCACUUCUGCUACUCAAUAAUAUGUAUGUCUUUUGUCAACUAAUCUAUAAAGUGUUAUUCAGCAGUAAAUAUUGCAAACAGUAAGUAGAGCUUUCAAGCAUAUAUGGGUGCAUUACAAAAACUGGAUUGAAAGUAGAAGUGUAGUCAACAGACUUUUAUCUGUGGUGUUAUCUAUGUAGAAUGUCGCAGCAACCGUUGGCAAUUGCUUUAUCAUUAACAGCUCUAACAGUCAUGAUACUUCCCCUCUGUAGCCCACACCAACACCAACACCAACAGCAUCAGAACGGCUGAUAAUGAUGGAGCAUUAUGAAGCUUGUAUGCAUGCACACAAGAAAUUACAUUACUGGCCAAGAAAUUGUCACAUUUCUCUUGUGUUUACCUUAAUUGCAUCUAAAUUGGGAGAUGUGUUUUUAUUUUUUGUUUUACCUAAAGGGACAGUUCACACCCAAAUUAAAAAAUAUGUAUUUGUUUUUAUCUUACCUGUAGUGCUGUUUAUUAAUCUAGAUUGUUUUUGUGAGAGAAGGCAGACAUCUCAACGGCCGAUAUCUUCAGCACUUGGCAACUCACACCAAAACAAUCUAUACUGAUAAAUAGCGCUACAGGUAGGAGGGGAAAACUGUCCCUCAGAGUACACUUGCAGUGCUGAUAUUUUUGUGGGCGUAUCCCAGUAUAAGUACCUGAUAGUGUUUACAGUGACACUGUAGUCUUGAACUGCUUUAACCUCUGAUGGCUAGCUGUCACACAAAUCUAUCCUGAGAGCCACUGAAGAGGACAUGCAUUAGUCUGUAUAAUAUUGCACUGAUACUAUACACGUAUGCAAAAAAAUAAUGAAUGUUGAGUGGUUACAGAAGCACAUGUUACUUUGCCAAGCCCCCAAAUGAUUUAUUUAUUCCAGCACUUAACUCAAAAAACUCUUGAAUUUAAAAAUUCAAUGCCAAUAUAUUUGUCUGAAGGUACAAUUACACAGAACAUACACUAUCUAUCUAUCACUGCUAUGAGUUGAAACAUUAUAACUAGAGUAUUCUGCCACUAUCUACUGCAUGCUAUCAUACAAAGUAAAAAUACCAAAAAAUAUUAUGCUCUAUUUUAGAAUUCCUUCUACAGCUGUAUUUGCGCGUUAUCAGUUAUCACAUGUUUUUUGUUUUUGUUUUAGUUGUUAUCUUUUGUAAUAACAAAUGUCAGCAGAGCUUUCUUUUAUCUUUAGUCCACAUCAGUUUCCAUCUGUUGUGUUCAGAGAUUUACAGUUAUGGGUAAACACAUCAAAAACAGACUGAACUCAAAGCCAGUGUUUCAAUUUCGUGUUCAAGGUCAGAAUGAAGGUCUGUGUUUCAAAUGUUUAAUUCUGUAAUGUAAAAAGUUGCAUACGCAUCUCUGUCUUCAAAAUGUGCCGUACACUCCUGUUAGCCUCACUUGUUCUUGUAUCUCAACUUUGCUGACUAUUUCAGAAAAGAAACAAACAUCCGGGUCCACAGCGGGCGUUUGCCUGUUAAACCAUGCCUCACUCUUACCUCAGUAUAAGUGUGUUGGACCUAAGCAUUUUGUGUUAGCAGCACUGUGAGCCUGUAUUUAAUGCUAAUUUCAGUAUACUAACAAGAUCACUAUCACAAUGACAAAACACUGGACAUUAUGCUUACCAUGUUUGCUGUCUUACAGUCUGCUGAAAUUUUAAAUGACCAGAACACACAACGUAUAAAGUUAUCUACUGACCCUUAUUGCAAUUCCUGAAGCCAUGCUGCUAAAGAGGUAUUUUUAAUUUGCCAUCAAUCGAAUUGCUUUCAAGACAAUUAAUAGCACUGGAGGAAACAUUUGGGGGGUAGAGGAUAUUUAGACCAGAUUUUGUACAUAACCCAUGUAAUCACAAUCACGUGAUGAAUGCAUUAACGGAAGUAUAAAAUGAAGUUGUAUAAAGAGUCCCUGUCAGGAGGUAGGUUGGGAUGGUGGAUGGGUCAAACAAACACAACUUUCCCCCAGGAAGUCAGUGUUCGUGUCCCAUGUGAAACCAAGUGAACUACUCUAAACUAUUUCUAAAAUAAAAUAGGAUAGAAAACAUAUUAAGCGUACUGAAAAUGUUGCCCAGCAAGCCGAAACUAGCGCUGUAGCACUAGUUUCGGCUUGCUGGGCAACCGAUGGAGCAGCCGGCUGUGGGGAACUUUAUGCCCCCUUUUUUGAACCCAUUAGCUCUGCGGAGCUGUGUCGUCUGUGCUGCAAAGUGUCCCAAACCCGGGAAGCUGGCCACAGAGUAGACUCACAAGUCAGUCUUUAGACACUUUGCUUAACUAAAGACUGAUGUCUUUCUCCCUGAUUUUGUGUUUAGAUGGGCGGAUACAAUUUCAGAGUUUAAAAAAACUCCCUACGUUGC